UCUCAGCAUAACAGCCCCGACCUCUACUUGCUCUCUCUUACUAGGUCUUGCGAUGAUAUAUUUGAACCGAAGCUGGAAGAGCUCAUUAAUCAGUUGAAGGAAGUUGGAAUACUUGGGAGCCUUGAUCCAGGAGUUGUGCAAGAUGAUCUGAUUAUUUUGGAUCCGAACAGCAACUUGGGAAUUGAAGACAUGGACAAUGAGUUUCAAACUCACGGUGAUAGAGAUGAAGGGUACCAGACGGAAACAGAAAAUGGAGAUGGACAAGAGUAUGAUGAAGAAAAGGAAGAAGAAAAGGAAGCAGAAAAUGAAGAUGAAGAGGAGGAUACAGUGGGACGAUAUGAGCAUGAAAUC